GCAGAGACAGGCGCGCGUACAUAGCCAUCGAACGUGGUGAUUCGUACGGAGGUGGACGUGUGAUAGAGUUAAACCGAGGCCAUUUCUCGCGAAGGAAAAAGACAGCGGCCGUUCAUCGCUGUCCUUGUUGUCUUCAUCAUCAUCACCGUCAUCUUUGUCGUCGAUGAGAUCGUCAACGGGAUUUUGUCGACGCUUCAGCGUGAAAUUUUCCUGCUUGACUCGAAGGUAUAUAAACAAUUAUAUGAGAACCGUCCAUACAACAAGUCCUGGCAAACACGAGAAUCAAAAACAAUCGUGAGUAAAUAGAACGAAAAGGGGGUACGUACCCUUACAGAACUCGCGUGUAUAGUCGCGCGGACGAUUGAAGUACGCUAGAAGCCGUGUGUAUUCCGAGAGUUCUACUGUAGAUGUGUGAGUACGAAGAGUACUAAAAGGUGGGGGAGACAGUCUAUACUUCGCGGACAUCCGGCGGGGAAACCGCAUGUAUUCGUACGAAGCUCUCUGAGAGAGCGAGGGAAAAAAAAGAAGAAGGAUCUGGCGCCGAGGGAAACCCGGGUGUUCUCAAGAGCUCGACAGAGACUUGAGAAGAGAAAGGAGGUUCUUUGCGUUCCGAUUGCCGCGUAUCUUUCACGUUCCCUUUAUUGUCGUAUUUAAAAGAAUAAAAUUGUAAUAUUACUUUUAUAGAAGUUGAUCCUAUUAUUUAUCGUUAUCCCGUAUCGUUGAUCCUCGUGCAUGCGUGCCCGCACGCAACGGUUGAAAUUUUCUGUACAAAUAAUAAGGGUGGUGGAAAAGAGGUGGAAGGACGUGACGGAGAAAGAGAGAGAGGUAUUAAGGGGAAAAGAGAGAAAUCAGAAACACGCCGAGCAGUGCUGCUCCCUAUUGGCGACGUCGAGUCGCGCUCCCCACCCGGGACAGUCGAACGAGGUCCGAAGGCGAGUUCUCGGCGUGCAGCUACGGUGAUUUUCCCUUACGAGAGUGUACGCACGAGACCUCGUAGCUCUGCAACACAUCACGUUCCGUGUAAACAUCUCUGUACGUAUAAUAUAUCGUGACAAGUAUCAAGCUAGAACAUCAUCCUGGAAACGUGAAGAAAUAUAUUUCAAGGAAAUCGAAAAACAGCCAGAAGGAGAAAGAGAUAGAAAGAGACUGGUAGUGAAGUCCGCUUUAUACGCGUGCUAUCGUCGAUAUUUUCUUUCUCACCGAUCAACUGUGUGUGCGCCGAUCGUGAACGCGUCCCACGCGUGUGUCGCGUAUCACCGCCGCCGGUGAAACCGAGAGAAUUCGAACGAGUCAGAGGGUAAAAUAGGAUUUCUCGCGUGGUCGGUCCUCUCCCGUGGCACGCGCGGAGAGGGGUGCACGGAGAAGUGAGAGAGGGAGAAGGAAAGAAAGUGAGACAUCGCUGGACGAAGAUAGAAGAGGAAAGAGAAGGAGAAAGAGAAUAGAGACUCUUGAGGGGGAGCGACAAAGACGUGUAUAGUGCACAUAGGCGUUAGUGCUGCGCCCCAACGGCCGUUCGUCGAAGCUCAGUUAUCACAAUGGCUUCCGUGAAAGACACAGCAACUUUCUUCGCGGAGGGCACAGCGAGUCAGUUCGAACACGUCCUGAAGCUUUAUCCGCAGGCCCUCAGACUCAAGGCUGAUCAUAAGACGAAAAAACCCGAGGAGCUGAUCAAGUUGGAUAACUGGUACCAGAAUGAGCUUCCAAAGAAGAUCAAGUCGCGCGGCAAGGACGCGCAUCUCAAUCACGAGGAACUCGUGCAAACGAUGAAGUGGAAGCAAAUACGUGGGAAGUUUUAUCCUCAAUUGUCCUAUUUAGUAAAAGUGAACACACCUCGCGCUGUGAUGGCGGAAACGAAAAAGGCGUUCAAAAAACUCCCAAACCUGGAACAAGCUAUUACUGCCCUCUCGAAUUUAAAGGGAGUAGGUACCACAAUGGCUUCAGCUUUAUUAGCAGCAGCAUCACCAGAGAAUGCACCCUUCAUGGCGGACGAAUGUCUGAUGGCAAUACCGGAAAUCGAGGGCAUCGAUUAUACCACCAAGGAGUACCUCAAUUUUGUUCAGCACAUUCAAAAUACCGUGGAGAGGCUGAACAAACAAACGUCGAACGGCAAAACAUGGAGCCCUCACAGGGUGGAGCUCGCUCUGUGGACCCACUACGUGGCGUCCGAGCUGAAGCCAGAGCUGUUGGACGGCAUUCCAGGCUCCACGGAGAACGGCAAUUCCCAUCCGCCCAGCAACGGCGAGGCGACAGAACCGUCGGACGACAGCAAUCAGGAAGCGGCACUGAACGGUAAGGAACUAGGCAGUAUUGAUCCGGCGGCCAUCGACGAGAACAGCAUGACCACGUCCUUCACCGAAGACUCGAUGGAUAAACCAGCUACGCCGAUUACAGCGGCCGUCGCCAGCGAAGAUACGAACGAUUCACUCGCCACGAACGACAACGACGACAGCAACAACACGCCCCGACCGACAGACAGCGAGGACACCGAAGACUCGCAGGACGUCCAGGAGCCGCCCACUAAGAAGAGUAAGAAGUGACCCACCGCCAGCCAGGGAGCCACGAAUACAAGCAACAACGUCAGCACCCUCGUGUCGGCCGCCAAUCUAACGCUGAUCGCAGCGAGGCGCUUCUAAAAACCGCCAGGGUCACCGAUCAGGGUCGCGGAUAGUAGACCUGUAGCCUACCAUCGCACCAUCACGAUCGUUUUUUGAUGAUUCUCCUUCGCUCCUGCUCUCUCUCUCUCUUUCUCUUGUAUCUCUCUUUCUCUCUCUUUCUCUUUCUCUCUUCCUUUCCUUCUCUCUUCCUACUCUUUCUCCAUUCUCUUUCUCCGUUCUUUCCUAUUUGUUCCUAAUUUUUCUUCUUCUCUUCUUUUCCUUCCUUCCCCUAAGUUAUUUAUCCGCAUUAAAUUUGUAAGAUUCUUCUUCUUUGUAUCCCACUCGGUCCUUUUUGGGGACCGAUUUUUCUUUUUCAUCAUGUUUUAUAAUCCAGUACAUCUUUCUGCUCUUAUCUUGUGGACUCUCCUGCUAUUGUUUGUAGAAAUUUUCCUCGAGAUCUCGUGUAAAAUAGUGUUACUGCAUAUACGAUGGAAAGCGGAAGUUGUUGUGUGUAAAAGCACCUUGCUGGUUUUUAGAUUCAUCGGGCUCAAUUGGAGGCAAAAAAAGAAAGAGGUAAAAAGCUCGACCGAUGUUUCGAAGAUUUCCUUCUUUGUUCUUAAUUUCUCUUUACUUCUUCUUCCUUUUUUUUUUUUUUUUUCUCUCUCCUCCUUUUUCUUCGCGUUCGUUUUACAUUGGUCAAUAGUGACCAAGUUUUUUUUUUUUUUUAGGUCAUGAACUUGUAAUUAGCGUUACAAGCAACAGUUGACGUAACUUUUAUACGAUGUGAUAAUAGUAAUAGUUACUUUCUUUUACGGGAGAAUCGUUCACUUUUAAGACUCCGAGAAAACUUCGAAUUGGCGGAGCUUUCUCACUUUUUUCUGCGGCGUGGCGUAGUUUUUAGGGAAAUAUAAUUCUCUUUUCUUUUUUCCAUCCGACCGAAACGAGACGAUUCCUCACGGUACUGCCUUCUGAAUAAACCCGUUCCCUCCUCACUGCUUAUUACGCGAUAGCAAAACGACGUAGUCUUUAAUUAAAACAGCAAGUCAUCAUUCCUUUUUACCAUGAUUUAUACCGGCGUUUUUGAAGGCCACCGAAAUACAAAGGGCGAUACGAAACGAUGUUGACGCGUGUUUUUAACUUUUUCUUUGUUCUUUUUGUCAGAAAAAAAAAAGAAAAACAGAAAAAAAAAAGAAAAAAAAUUGAAAAACUGUGAGUGGGGUGUGCGUAGCGAAUAAGAGAGAAAUAAGAAGGGAAGAGAGAGUGGGUAAAAAAGAGGAGAGAGAGAGAGAGAGAGAGAGAAGAUGAGAGAGAACGUAUAAAACCGGGUGUGAGAGAGUUAUCGAGUAACUGAUUCCGUGACCAGCAAGAAGGAAUAUAAUAAUAUUAAAAAAAAAAAUGGCGGUACACACACCGAACACACACUGAUAAUAUUAAUAUUAAUAAUAAUUAUUAUUAUAAUUAUAAUACCGAAUCAUUACCAUAAUUUAUAUAUCUUAACAAAAAAAAAAAAACUGCAUGUCAGAGUGAUGCAUGGAGCAAACCAAAUACCUUGUAAGUAAAAAGAAACUUUAGAAACAAAUAAAGGUAACGCUUUUUUGAGUCCACCAAGAAUAAAAAAAAAAACGAGAACGAAUGUGGCAAGUGGAUGGCAGCAGACCUGCACACGUGCAACAUACAUACAUACAUACAUACAUACAUACAUACAUACAUACACUUAUUGCAAAUCGUACUACACGUGCAUACAAAACGCAGUGAUAUAGCAUCCGAAACACGACAGAAAUGGACAUAUACACCACACAUAUACCACAUCAAGGUUUUUAUGUACAGGGAUUUAACUAGUAUUUUUGCAUUAUUAAGGAUUAUUAAUUAUUCGAGGGAAAAUGAAGACGCGAAGAAACGUGAACGAGGAAGAGAAGGGGUGAAUGUCGAUGAUGAUGAUGAUGAUGAUGAUGAUGAUGAUGAUGACGACGAUGAUGAGCGAUUGACAAACGAAACAAAAAAAAUAUAUUAAUAACAAACAAAGGGCAAAAAAAAAACGAUGACACGAGAUAAUAGAGGUAUAAAAAUGAAAUUAAAACUGAUAUAUAUAUUAUAUAUAUAUAAAAAUAGAUAUAUAAAAAGAGAAAGAGAGAGCGAGAAAAAGUGAAAAUGUUCAGGAAUGAGUGUACACGUUUGCAAGAAUGAAUGAGAGAGAGAAAGGGAGAGAGAGAGAGAGAAGCAGAAGAAUAAAAUAAAUUACUAUAGCUUGAUCAAGAACGUUCAUUCAAAUUUUAUAAAUAUACAUAUAUAAAUAUAUGCGUAUAUUAUAUAAUAUAUAUAGUGUAUAUGUAUAUAUAUAUUAUAUAAUAUAUAUUUAUAAUUUAGAACAGCGUGGCCCCCCUCAGACUACUUCAAAUACUGACCUUAUUAAUUAAACGACAAACACGCCGUGGCAUGUGUACUCGUUCGGCUGCACGAAAAUAAAACAGAAAAAAAAAAAAUAUUGGAAAGGGGAAGGAAGAUCAAAAGGGAGAAACCAUCCCUUAACACGUACUAUUUGAAUUUCUAUUGUGCUAUCAAUAAUGAUUAUUAUUAUUAUUAUUAUUAUUAUUAUUAUUAUUAUUAUUAUUAUUAUUAUUAUUAUUAUUAUUAUUAUUAUUAUUAUUAUUGCUAUUGCUAUUUCUUAUUAUUAUUUCGAAGUGGAUCGUUCCUUUGGAGAAAGGAAUGCAAAUAAAAUACAAAUUCUAUAUACGAUGUGUAUAACGAAGCAAAUCGACGGAUAAACACGAAAGAAAAAUAGUCACAUCGAUGACGUGUGUGUGUCCAUCGUUAGCAGUGACACAGGAGGAACCAUUUUACACAAUCGCGAGCAUUAUUUUACACAAAUUAAUAUCUCGGCUGGCAAAGUCGUAUAUUUCUGCGUAUAUAUACGAGAGAUAAAAUGAGAAACAGGAGAGUCAAGGACGAAGAUGGAAGAAGAAAAAAAAAAAAAAAUUAGGAAUGCAGCGAGUAUGGAUGAACCUACCCAACGAGAAAAAAAAAAAAUCGUAGUGAACUGUUCUAUUUAUUUAGCGCCUAAUUUAUUCCGUAUCAAUCGUUUCGUUGGCAAGGAAAGAAGAUAUAUAUAAAUAUAUAUAAUAUAUAAUGAUAUAUGUGAAAUAUAUACACAUAUUUCUAUAUAUUUAUAUAUUCAUAUGUAUAUAUAUAUAUAUAUAUAUAUAUACACGCGUAUGUAUGUAAGAGAAUUCGAGAAAUCUCACACGUUUUCAAACGAGGAAAGGAAAGGAAGUGUAAAGGAAGUACAGAAAUAUGUGUGAACUUAUAUUUUUUGUCUUUUUUUUUUUUUUUUUCUUGCGAUAUAAUUAGGAAGUAAUUGUAGUAAUUAAAUCGAUGAUGAUUAUGAACAUGAGAUUGGUAUACAUAUUUGUGAGCUACGAUGAUUGAUCAUAAUAGUAAGACGACGAUUAUAGUAAGACAAUGAUGAGGAUGAUAAUGAGGACAGUUAUGAUUAUUAUUAUUAUUAUAAUUACGAUCAUUAUUAUAUUAUUACUGCUAUUACUACUAUUACGAAUGACGACGAGUAUAGUUUUUAUUGUCUUAUAAACGUAAACGGAAUACAAUGUAGCGGAGUUGUUUGUUUUUUUUUCUUUCUUUUCUAUACGCCUGCUAAAUUAUUAUUCUCGCAUGUAAUUAUAUAUAGAGACAUUCCAUACUGAUUUCUUCUUGUUCAGUGUUGUUUCUCUCUCUCUCUCUCUCUCUCUCUCUCUCUCUCUCUCUCUCUUCUCUCUUCUCUUUACUUUCUUUUUUUAUCUUUUUAUCUUUUUCACCUCCAAGACGAGAAUACGCGAAAUAUACCGAGAGAAAAUCGCGGAAGUGAAACAUUCGGUCUUGAUUUCCGUGGACCGAAAAUAUCCAUCGAGAUAGGAAAGAAGCGAUGAUCUCGCAACGAAGUUUUCACGUCCCACGCAACAACAACCAGCUGUGUCGUUCCUUCCACGCAUUUCUAUUUCCCACGUAUGUAUCGCGCGUGUUAUGUAAACCUUUUUUUUUUUUCUUCUUUCUCUCAUUCUCACUCCUCGCGAUCUAUCGGUUUGUACGCCUCUUCUUCUUUCACACCUCGAGCGGAACGUAGAUUUUUUUUCUUUUUUUUCUUUUUUUUUUUUUUUAGAAAGAAAAAAUUUUCAAAUGACUUGCGAAACACGCGCCAGUCUCAGCGUGCGACGAACGAACGACUAAAAAGAUUGGGUAAAAUAUGACGAAUCUUUCUCGAUAGAAUAGAAAAUGGAUAGAUGAUCUGUUCAUCGAUACGAGUCAGAAUUUUAAAAUCGAUGAACAAAGGAAAGAAACAAAAAGUUAUAAAUUGCAAAAUCUUCAGUCAUUGACUGGAAGGAUUUUUUUUUUUCUUUUUUUUUUUGAAUUAACGAAUAUGGAAGUUACAAAAUCUUCUCUUUCUCUCUCCUUUGAUAGAAUCUAGACCAUUAUGGAGAACGAUCCAAUCUUCUCCAUUGCGUGCGAUUGGAACAUGCGGCGGAAUUUCGUUCAACGAGCGAACGAACGACGCGAGAUUUGGCGGAAGUUGACCUGCCCCCAAAGAUAGAUAUGCGUAAUAAUAAACGAUGAAAGGAAAAAUUCUGCGGAAAAAAAAAAAAAGGGAUGAGAUCCUUCGAAGAGGGAUUCUCGAACGCCUGUCCUCUGUUGAUCUCGCUUUCAUCUCGGAUCUUCUUCGACCACGAUUCACGAGAAAAAAAAAUAUAUAUAAUUUCGCAAAUGAAACAAAAGAACCUGGCUCCUCCAUCCGUGUUCUCACGUAUUCAUUUCUCGAGGGGUUGAAAGGAACAGCGAGAUAUUUUUCGCGAGAGACAAAUACCCGUUUCGAUCGAGCAAUUCGAUCUUACUCUGCAUUCGUUGGAUAAAUUGAAUUGGGAAUAUUUAAUAGAACUUUUUUUUUUUUUUUUUUUGAAUCGUAUUUGUCAAACGUUUAUGCCAAAUGUUAAUUUUUAUGUUAGCCCAGAUAUGUCUAUCAUUCUUCCAAAAAAAAGAUGAUUUUAAGAUAAUUUUAUUUUUUGAUUUCUUUACACUUCUUAUAAUAUUCCUCUGAAAAAGGGAUGACAAUUUGUUUAAGAAAAAGAAAUAAUUAAGUAGUAUUAACGUAAAAAUUCGUAUUUUUUAAGUUUAAUUAUUUUAAGGGAAUAAAAAGUCGGAGAUCUUUUUCCAGUUGAGUGAUAAACAUAUUUUAAUUGUGAAAGGCAAUUUAUUCGAGAAUUUUCAAAGACAAUUUUAUCUGCCUCAGUGGACCUCGAGGAAUGAAGAAAAUCGAUGCAAUAACAUCGUUGUCUCGUUUUCAAAGGAAUUCGUGACACGCAAAUUGAUAUCUUUCAAACGAAAACGAAACAUGGUGAUCUCUGGUGAUCGAUCGAUGUCGAGGGUCACGAUAUCUCAGGUUUCAAAAAAAAAACGUUCAAAAUCCGGUGAUUGAUCCGAUCACCUUAAUAAACUGCCAUUUAAUGUUACUAAUUAAGCGAUCGUAAUGAACGGAGAUGAUGCGUGGAAUAUCCGAAUAAUCGGGUUGAAAGCGUGUAAACUUACAGACAUUGCCUAUAGAUAUAUUAUCUGCGUACCAGAUAUUUAGAUUUCAAUAAGAAGUCUGAAUGUUCGUACAGAAAUUUGUGGUGAAAAAAAUUUCUAUAAGUAAUAAACGUAAGUCGUAUGAACUGCCUGUAUAAGAUUAUAUUUUCUGUUUUCUACACGGAAGGCAAGAAAAAGAUAAUUUAAUCUCUCGUCCUCGAGGUCUAAGAAAAUAUAUAUAAAUUAUUUUUUCUUUCUUUAUUAAUUAAACGAAUCAGAGAAAAUUAACUAAUGUACACAUACGAUUGUAUCUUUGUAUCUUUUGGAAUUACAUAUGUUGUAAAUUAAAGAAAAAAAAAGUGAAAAAUAUGUGCCACUAUUUCUAUAAGGGAUUAAAUCUCAAUACACACACACACACACACACUUGUCAACCAAUCCUAAAUAAUCGAAGUGUCGUACGUAUUUAUUUAACUAUCGCGUACGCGUUUCGUUGUUUUAAUUAAUGUACUCUUCAUUUUCUUGCAGAAUCUAUUUUUCAAAACCUUGCCAUCUUUGAUAUCGAUUGCAUAUCUGUAUACAAUGUCUAUAACUUUGUACACGCUUCCAAUUUCAUUUUUCGCGGAAACGAGAAACGAGAAUCGAAGAAGAAGAAGAGAGAGAAAAAAAAAGAAAA